GGCGGUGGUCUGUCGCCUCCCUCGGCUCCGGGCCUGGCUGCGCAGCAGAGGCGGCGCCUCUCCCGCAGGACAGAGCUAGCUGGUCGAGCAGCACAGGGUGGGCGAAAGAAGACGAGGGACGCCUCGCUCCGAUUCCUGGCUGCGACUGGCGGCGACUUUGGAGCAGCGCGGUCCCUUGUGCAGUACGCACACACCGCAGCGCAGGGACACACAGACUCGGCUGCUCGCGGCCACACGCACCGAGAGACCAGGCUCGGCGCGCGCUCCGCGGCGCACACUCUCCAGCCAGUGCGGCUCUGGGCGCGGAUUCGCGGGUUGCGCUCCCUCCUGCACCUUCAGCCCCGGCGCCCAGCAGCCCGGACCAGCCCCGAGGCCAUCAGCGCUGUGUGGACAGUGGAGGGUGGUGACUGACUCCCCAAGGCUGGGGGCAACAGCCAGAGACAGUGGCUGGGAAGUACCAUGGCCAGAAUCCUGCAGUUCUUCUUGACUGCUCUCCUCCUUCUGCUGCCUGCGGCUAUUGCUAUGCACUCUGACUGCAUCUUCAAGAAGGAGCAAGCCAUGUGCCUGGAGAGGAUCCAGAGGGCCAACGACCUGAUGGGCCUAAAUGAAUCUUCCCCAGGUUGCCCUGGCAUGUGGGACAAUAUCACAUGCUGGAAGCCUGCUCAAAUAGGUGAGAUGGUCCUUGUGAGCUGCCCUGAGAUCUUCCGGAUCUUCAACCCGGACCAAGUCUGGAUGACGGAAACCAUAGGGGAUUCUGGCUUUGCUGAUAGUAAUUCCUUGGAGAUCACAGACAUGGGGGUCGUGGGCCGGAACUGCACCGAGGAGGGCUGGUCGGAGCCCUUCCCCCAUUACUUCGAUGCUUGUGGGUUUGAUGACUAUGAGCCUGAGUCUGGGGAUCAGGAUUAUUACUACAUGUCGGUGAAGGCCCUCUACACAGUCGGCUACAGCACCUCCCUCGUCACCCUCACCACUGCCAUGGUCAUCUUGUGCCGCUUCCGGAAGCUGCACUGUACCCGGAACUUCAUCCACAUGAACCUGUUCGUUUCCUUCAUGCUGAGGGCUAUCUCUGUCUUCAUCAAAGACUGGAUCUUGUACGCCGAGCAGGACAGCAGUCACUGCUUCGUUUCCACCGUGGAAUGCAAAGCUGUCAUGGUUUUCUUCCACUACUGCGUGGUGUCCAACUACUUCUGGCUGUUCAUCGAAGGCCUGUACCUCUUUACACUGCUGGUGGAGACUUUCUUCCCUGAGAGGAGAUAUUUCUACUGGUACACCAUCAUUGGCUGGGGGACACCUACUGUGUGUGUAACUGUGUGGGCUGUGCUGAGGCUCUACUUUGAUGAUGCAGGAUGCUGGGAUAUGAAUGACAGCACAGCUCUGUGGUGGGUGAUCAAAGGCCCCGUAGUUGGCUCUAUAAUGGUUAACUUUGUGCUUUUCAUUGGCAUCAUCAUCAUCCUUGUGCAGAAGCUGCAGUCCCCAGACAUGGGAGGCAAUGAAUCGAGCAUCUACUUCAGCUGCGUGCAGAAAUGCUACUGCAAGCCACAGCGGGCUCAGCAGCACUCUUGCAAGAUGUCAGAACUAUCCACCAUUACUCUACGGCUGGCCCGCUCCACCCUGCUGCUCAUCCCACUCUUUGGAAUCCACUACACAGUAUUCGCCUUCUCUCCAGAGAACGUCAGCAAGAGGGAAAGACUUGUGUUUGAGCUUGGGCUGGGUUCCUUCCAGGGCUUUGUGGUGGCUGUACUCUACUGCUUCCUGAAUGGGGAGGUACAGGCAGAGAUUAAGAGGAAAUGGAGGAGCUGGAAGGUGAACCGUUACUUCACCAUGGACUUCAAGCACCGGCAUCCAUCCCUGGCCAGCAGUGGCGUGAACGGGGGCACCCAACUGUCCAUCCUGAGCAAGAGCAGCUCCCAGCUCCGCAUGUCCAGCCUUCCGGCUGACAACUUGGCCACCUGAGCCCUGCCUCCCCCCCCCCCUUU